AUGUCUGAGUGGUUAACUUCCAAAAAAAUCCACAUUUCUGGUGUUCUCAUCUCGAACUUGACUCGUUUAUGUUCCGCCAUUCAUUCGCACCCUCUCUACUUUGCCUUCUUCGUUUACUUUUUACCAUAUCUUCUCAAACUCGUCAAAUUUUUAUUCCUAUCUCCUCUUUUCAUCAUCAUCACCUCCAUUCUUCUCCUCAUUCUUCUCCCCAAUGAGAACUUGUUCUCCAAUAUUGUAUCAAGUCAAGGCAGCGCAAAACACCUUUUCUUGGUAUAUAAUUCCGUUCUAGAAAAAUUGCGCCCGGAAAAGUAUUAUGAGAGCGAAAACUUUUGUGGGUUUAAUGAGCUCGAGAUUUACAAUGCCGUUUUCGGUUCAUACGAAGCGGAGGCAAAAGAUGAAGCGCAACAAAUUGAUGUCUCAGAAGAAAAAAAGGGAGAAGAAAAGAGAAUGCAGAAUUUAGAAGAAGAGAAAAACGAAACUAAAAAGGUAAAUGACAUCACUGCAGCUAGUGAACACUAUCCUAUGGAGAAGGAGUGGAAAAGGUCUCUAGCGUGCAAGUUGUUAGACGAGCGGUGCGAAGAGGAAGGGAUGGAUUUAUUAUGGGAGACGUAUGAGAACGAGUCGAAUAAAAUGAAGGCGAAAAAUGAUUAUAAUAAUAUGAAAAAUAAGAAGAAACAACAAGAAGAAGAAGACGGUUAUGAUAGCGAAGAUGAUCAAGUCAGGGGAGGUUUGUGUUGUCUGCAGGCACUCAAGUUUUCUUCUGUGAAGAUGAUGAAUCUGGGGAUUGGGAAGCCUAAUCUGGUGAGAUUUUCCAAGGCUGCCAAAGGGAUUGGGUGGCUGCGUAAUGUGAAGAAGAAGCACAGCAAGAAGGUGCACAACAAUGGAGAUUGA